GUCUGGUUGUUGCGGGGAACGGGCACUACAGGAGCUCUGUAAGUGAUUGAUUAAAGUUGGGAAGAUUUGUCUUGCUUCGACUCAACUAUGGAAUGGGAUCUGAGGCGCAGCCAGUCACUGAGGAGUCUCUCCUCACAAUCUGACAAGGCGAGCUGGACAGGCGCAGGACUUCAGGACAGGUCCAUAUCUGUGUCCCAGUUAGUGGCCAGGUAUCAAACUACUGUCAAAAAAAGCACAUUGAGUCAAGCUACAUCAGAGAACAAUGUUGAAGGAAAGACAAAGAAAGCACUGAAUGAGAUGACGCCGUCUCAAGUGCGAGACAGGGAGAGCCAUCUGGAGUCUCUGCUAAAGAGAAACGAAGAGCGAGAACGAGCUCGCUCCAAAGCCCCGCUGACCCGCAGCAGAUCGGUGGGCUGCGUCCAAAACAGCAGCGGCUCCAUAGAGGCCCUGAAGGCUCUCUUUGAGUCCAAGGCUACGGCGCCGCUGAAACCGAAGAGCGGUUAUGGAUCUGGGAAUGUAGCGUUAAGUUGCACGGCGAACACCCCAGUGCUGAAUGCAGAGGCUGAGGAUGUGCAGAGUGCUGCAGAGGAGCAGAUAAAACCUGCUGAAACUAAAGCUAAAAGGGAGCCAAAAGACGAUUAUCUGACUCAAAAGGUGGUGAAUCUGACCCGGACAGAGAGUAGAAAAACAAUAGCGGGCAUUGAUUUCGAAAGGCUUGCAGCAUUGGAAGCUGAUGAAAAGAGGAGGUCAGCUGGAGACUUCAGAGACAGUUCUUUCAUCCAAACCAAAGAGAUACUGUCCGUCUCCGUCAAAGCUAUGUCUGCUCUCUAUAUGUCAAAAGUGGCAAACCGGGAAUCGACAAACACCCCUACUAAAGUGAGAAAGGAACAAGCUCAACCACAGGAAUCUGGAAAACGGGUAAAACUAACCAAGAUGAGCGAUCACUCCCAACAAAGAAAAGAUGACCUCCAACCACAACCUCCAGAAGAGCAUCAUACAGGACCGGAAGACAUCUCUGAGGCGCAUUCUGACCAGUUAACGUCACGCCAACUUUCCAGGGAAAUGUUAUUCCAACAACGACAGAAGAACGAGCUGAGGCGGCUCCUGAAGCACACCUGUCCCGAGCUAAAGAUGCUGGAUGAUGUUGUGGCUGAGGAGUUUGCUGAGGUUCUGAGCUCUGAAAUAGAUUCUGGUGGCGAAACCGGAUAUGAAGGAGAGGUUCUCUCAAGAUGCUUGGUAUUUGAAAACCGUGGCCGCAGCAACAACACCCCAAAGAUCAAUAUGGCGGAGGGAGCAGUGGAAAGGCGAGAUUAUAGGAAAACAUCAGCUGUUUUUGAAGGGCUCAAAGAGGAACCUGACACUAAGAGUUUUAAAGGGAUGACGAAAUGCGAUAAAUCUCCGGAUUUAACGUCAGAGCAUAACAAAGAUGUUGCAGAAGAGGUGGUAAAAAUAGAUGUUAAGGCGACCAGAAAGGUUUUUGAGAAUCAGUCAUCAAUCACAUACAAGCCAGAUGAUAUUCAGAGGAACGUUCCUAUGGUUCUGAAUAAGGAAAAGAUAGUUGGAAAAAUAAUUAAACAGUCUGAAAUAUCUUCUGCAGACAACACAGAAGGAGAUAACAGAAGUAGGAACAGGGAUUCAGAAGAAAAAUCGCUCUGUCUUAAUACUGUCGGUCAAAGUAAUGAAAAUGGCAUUACUUGUAGUAAAGAAUAUGCCAGUAAUGAUCCCCCUCUUGUGGAGGGUUCAAUGAGUUUUCUUGAUUUCGAAGGAAAAAGUGAAAUGUUAAAUACAAACGCAGAUCUUUUCAAAAAUAACCCUUUUAUUUCCACAAACAUCGAAAAAGAGAAUUCAUACAGCCACGCAUCAAAAACUCAAAACCAAAGCAGUGCAGUAGCUGAAGACUAUCCAACCGCCAACGUAAAGACCAGAGCACAUUUGUUUGAAUCAAUGCCAUUUGACAAAAUUAGACAUCAAAAUCAAGAUGAAAUUGAGACACUGGUGGAAAAUAUCAAAGAAACAUUACAUUUCCUCCACCAUGUAAAAGCCAUUCACUCAGAGGGGGUAAUUAUUGAGGUAAACGAGACAAUGAAUGCCAAAAAGUCAAAAUUCACACUAUCAGAUAUGGGACCUGAAAUAAAACACGAUGAGGUGGCGGAAGGUGGUGCACAAAACUUUAUAGUCCAGCUGCUACCACGGAUAAAUCUAAAACCUCAGAUUACUUACCUAAAGGAGGACAGUAAAGGGUUAAUAGAGGCCACAGUGAUGGAUGCACUAGCUCACCAGCAUCAAUUCAGCUCAAACAAGGACGUUGAGUUAAAAACUGCCAAUGUAGUUCAGCUGGUUGAGGAUAUUCUCAAUCAGGAUAAUUCUCUAAGAAAAGGAGUGAUCAUUCAAGAAGAUGCCAGAAAAUGUGCAGAGGUCAUUGUUUAUUCCCUCUACAAGUACUUUGAUGAAGACGACGUGAAGAGUUAUGUCUCACCAAAAAGUGCAGAGCAUGAUGAAUCUGAGACAAAUACAGGAUCAACGUCAAGGAGCUGUCAAGACCAGUCCUGGUCAAGGUCAAUCAGGGCUAAUGUAAAAUUGUUCAAAAGCUGUAUUGAAAAAGGUGACUUGGAAUAUUUAAGAUCUCUUCAUGAUGACGAACCAACCAUUCAAAACAGCGAACUUAGUCAAAAUAAAGCACCUUUUAGGCAGGAUGAUGAGUCUCACCAUCAGGAAAUAAGUGACCCAGCUGAAGAAUAUAUCCAAGUGGAUGUAAAAACACUUAAAGGCAUGUUCUCUGAUGAAAAAAGUCCUAGUCAUGGUAAACAUUUCAAAUCUUCUGCAGUAGCAUUUGGAAAGAGCCAGUUUCCUAUAGAAUGCAAUACUGGGGUAUUUUUGCUACCACAGCCUAAUAAUAGUUCUAAUGCAUGUUUCGGUCACAAUCCUAAAGAAAUAGUAGUUAAUUGUGAUGGUCAGGAUGAUAACAGGGUCCACCAGGUUGAGAUGGCAGAACUUCCAGAUGGGACUAGUGACUCAAAAGAUGAUAUUCAUAAUUUUUCCCAAGCUGAAACUGAGGCCAAAUGUGGUUUGUUUCAAGAAAUCCAUACAGAAGAAUUUUCUGAAAUACCCAAUGCCAAUGUCAAAGCAGAUAUAGUCACAUUUUCAAGAAAAGAAGCACAAUUACCUCAAGAAAACAGAAACCCAAAAGAGGAAUCAUGCUUAGAUAAAUUUAGUAAGACGCCCUUUCCUAAAGAAAUAAUCUCUGGACUUGAUUCAGAUUGGCAGCACAAAAACCCAGAAAUGGCCUAUCAAGACACCACUUCUACAAAACUGAAAACUGCUGAGACAUGCAAAAACCUGAGUGAAGACUCUACCGAAUUAGUUAAAAAGGAAAACAGUCAAAUUACCAUUGACUGUGCACAAAGUUCAGAGGAAACGCCUGCACAAAAAGAAGGGGAAGUUUGUUAUCAGGGUUCAAUCCAAGCAGCAUUGGAUUCCUUGGAGAAGUCCAACAUCAAUGUCACAAGGGGAGACUUUAGGGCAGCUAUGAUAUACAGGCACUCCUACAAAUCCAAUCAGAAAACAUCACAAAGUGAUGUUCAAAAGAGCAGUAAUACUGAUCUUCGCUUUAUGGCUGAGCCUGAAGCAAAUCAACAACAACCAAAGCAAGAGGUGACUGUGGUAAUUUCAGAGCCUCCAAACCCAAUUGAAGAACCACUAAACCUAGAAGUAGCUGUGGCAAUGGUGGAGCCUCCAAAUCCAACUAAAGAGCCACUAAACCUAGAAGUAACUGUGGCAAAUGCUGAGCCUCCACAUCCAACUAAAGAGCCACUAAACCUAGAAGCCACUGUAGUAAAAGUGGAGCCUCCCCGUGCAACUGAACCACAAAUAAACCAAGAAGUAACUGUGGCAAAUGCUGAGCAUCCACAUCCAACUAAAGAACCACUUAACCUAGAAGUAACUGUGGCAAAUGUUGAGCCUCCACAACCAACUAAAGAACCACUAAACCUAGAAGUAACUGUGGCAAAUGCUGAGCUUCCACAUCCAACUAAAAUACCACUAAACCUAGAAGUAACUGUGGCAAAUGCUGAGCCUCCACAACCAACUAAAGAACCACUAAACCUAGAAGUAACUGUGGCAAAUGUUGAGCUUCCACAUAUAACUAAAGAACCACUAAACCUAGAAGUAACUGUGGCAAAUGCUGAGCCUCCACAACCAACUAAAGAACCACUAAACCUAGAAGUAACUGUGGCAAAUGCUGAGCUUCCACAUCCAACUAAAAUACCACUAAACCUAGAAGUAACUGUGGCAAAUGCUGAGCCUCCACAACCAACUAAAGAACCACUUAACCAAGACGUAACUGUGGCAAAUGCUGAGUCCCCACAACCAACUAAAGAAACACUUAACCUAGAAGUCACUGUGGCAAAUGCUGAGCUUCCACAUUCAACUAAAGAACCAAUAAACCAAGAAGUAACUGUGGCAACUGCUGAGUCCCCACAUCUAACUAAAAAACCUAUAAACCAAGUAAGUGUCCCAAAUGCUGAGUCCCCACACCUGACGAAAGAACCAAUAAACCUAGAAGUAACUGUGGCAAAUGCUGAGUCUCCAAACCCAGUUAAGCAACUAUUAAACCAAGAAGUGACUGUAGCAAACCCAAACCCAACCAAAGAAACAUUAAAUCUUAAAGUGGCUGUUGCAAAUGAUCAGUCAACAUACCCACUCAAACACCAUUGUAGGCCCACUCAAGGUGGUGCGUCAAAGAAUAGCAAAAGAGUCAGCGGCCCCAAACCUUCAAUACCACCUAAACCGGAACAUUUAAAGGGAAAACAUCUAGUUAAUCAUCCAUCUGCUACUAGGCAAUCAGAGAGACACAAUAUAAGUACCGUGGAACCCAAAGAAAGCCUUUGCCAGGUUCCCCAGCCUUCAGCAACGACACUGGUUUUGAGUCAAGAAGAAUCUACCAUAAGGCCAGUGAAUCAUCAUGGAAAUGACCAUUCAGGUGAAGCCACAGAGAUGUUGCCACAUAUAAAAGGGAAGUCUGAAGUUCAAUGUUUGACCAUACUCUUAGAAAAUAAUGAAACAGAUAUAAAAAACAUAAAUGUUAAAAGCCAGAUAGAAACUCUGGUAAAGGACAAGAACCCUCAGAACCUCAACAGGAAAUGACAAUAUAAAUGAAACCGAUGA